GGCAACCCAACACAUCUGCACGGCCCAUCUCGUUUACGCCCUGGAGCUGAUCUCACUUGCCACUCUGCCACCACCUUCACGAUGGCGACUGUCAACGGUGAUGUACCUUCUUCAAAUGGAACGCAAAAUGAAGUAAAUGGGUCACGGAAGUUCAAGGCCUCGGAGUUGCCCCUGCCUUCGGCGACUCGCAGCGCAAUUGAAGUAUUGGCCCAUACCUUCAAGAGAGAAGGUGAUUACGACACUAUUCGACGGCAGGCAUGGGAGGCUUUCACGGCCAGCGACUACGAAAAGCAGAUUACCAAGUCCAUUCUCGAAGUCGCCGAGCAGGAAGUCGAGCGGAAUCCUCAGCAGCUCCUCACACUCGACCGACGAAAAGGUGCAGCACUGAUCGAUGGUGCCUUGGAGCGAAAAGGCAUUUACAACACAGCCGAGGGUGUUCUUGGACAGCUGAUUGACGUUGGAAAAAUCGAGGAGAGCAUUCGAGGGUCGCGUCGCGCCCAGAUUGGUGACGAACCUGCCGAGGAUGAGCGAGUGCGUGGUGCCAAGACAGAUGACGAAUACCUCGCCGACACGAAUGCGAGAAAGGAAGAGAGACAGAAAAUUCGGGACGAGCUUAGACGAAAGGAGCUUGAGAUCGAGGAAGAGAAGAAACGAAUCGCAGCGGAAGAACGCAAGAAGGUCGAAAAGGAACGCGAAGAGGCUGAGGUGCAACGUCAAAAAGAACGAGACGAACGUCGACGCAAGCGUGAAAUGGAACGGGAGCAGAGAGAAAAGGAGCGAGAUAUUGAGCGAGAAAACAGACAGCGAGACCGAGACCGCGACCGCGACAGACGAGAUGACCGCCCACGAGACAGAGAUCGCCAGGAUGAUGGAGACCGAGACCGAGACCGUGACCGCGACAGAAGCAGCCGGUUAAAAGAAAAGGAGGAGGUCUCGAAGGAAUUCAAAGAAAAGCUCUCAAAGGAAGAAAAUGAGCGGCUUGAGGAGGAAGCUCUUGCUGAUCUUCUCCGAGAGAGUAGCCGGGCAGCUCGGAAGCAACAUGAGCUUGAGGUUGAUGCCGCCCUGGCACCACCGCCAAGGAGGACCGGUCCGGCUUCCGCAAUCAAUCCCAUACGGAGAGACUCGCCUAUGCAUCCCUCUUCUCGUAAAGCCAGCGAUAGUGGCUUGAAGGGCGAAGGAAAGGACCAAAAGCCACCUGGAGAAGCACCCGAGGACGAGACCGUGAACCACCCAAACGUGCUCGCUCUCGUUCGCAGCCCAGAAGAGAGAGAACACGAUCAAGAACGAGACGCGAGCCAAGUCAGUCUGGAGCUCAGGCCGACCAUUAUGAUCCGCGGGACCGUGAGCGGGACCGAUACCGAGAGCGUCCAGCUGAUACGGAUAGGCCACGGGAAAGAAGCCGUGGCCGAGACAGAGACGAGGCCCGAGAACGAGAUCGCGAACAGGGCCGCAAUCGUGAAAGAGAUCGAGACCGGGAGCGAGAUCGUGAUCGUGAUCGUGACCGUGAGCGAGAUCGAGACCGUGACCGUGACCGGGACCGCGACAGAGAUCGGGACAGAGAUAGAGACCGAGAUCGAAAGAGACAAGGAACGUGAACGCGAGCGUGACAAGCGCGAACGUUCCUCAUCACGCCCUGCCUCAGCAGUCCCCCGCUUGCGUACAGCCCGGGACAAGGAAGACCUGGAGGAAUGGAAACUCGAGGAAGUCAAGAAGCGCGAAAAAGAAGCUAAGGCCUACUUGGCUGCACAGAAGGACGCACGCGAGAAAGGAAUUCCAUUCCCAGGCAUCAUGGGCGACAAGCCCGGCCGCGACGACGCCCCGGCCGGCGAUCGACCUCGCGUCGACCCGGAUAGAUAUGUCCCUGGUGGACGGCCGGACAGAGAGCGUCGUAGGAGCCGCACACGGAGCCGCAGCCGCAACCGUGAUCGGGACCACCCCAGAGACCGGGAUCGUGAACGGGAUCGGGAUAGGGAUCGAGAUCGAGAACGUGAUAGAGACCGCGACAGGGAGCGCGAACGUGAUCAACGAGCCCGCGAGAGGGACAGGGAUCGUGACAGGGAGAGAGAGCGAGAUAGGGAUAGGGAUCGCGACAGGGACAGGGACAGGGAACGAGAUCGCGAUAGAGACAAAGAGCGCGAUCGUCGGGCUCGUCGAGAGAGGAGCCUGUCUCCUCGACCAGAGAGGCGGCAGAGAUCUCGCAGCCGGCGGCGAACACCAAGCCGUCGCCGAAGCAGGAGCCGGCGCUAA